AUGAAAACCUUUCAUCCAGGAGACAAGGUUUUUGCGGAAGUUCGCGGAUACCCACCGUGGCCUACAAGAGUGGAAAAUGUAGUAGCGUCAACUCCCAAUAAUGUGAAAUACAAUGUUUUCUUGUAUGGUACUGCAGACACUGCUGUUUGUGAAGUUGAAGAUCUGUUUUUGUAUUAUGAAAACAAAGAAAAAUAUGGAAAAUCAAUAAAGCGCAAAGUUUUUGCCCAGGCGCUAGCACAGACUGAGGAAAGAGAACCUCCACCUCCAAAUACGCCAGGUAGUAUUCCAACUACACAAAGUGCAUAUGGUGAAAGGGAAGGUGAAGGAGACUUGGUCGUUGAUGAAGCACCGAGAACUUCUGAUUCAAAGCCAUCAGUGACUGAUACUGCAGAGUACAAGAAGCAUCCUGUAAAGCGUAAACGUGUGACUGAAAUUGGUCCUGAUGAACAGGAAACAAAACGAACAAAGCGUCAGAGUACUUCAGGUGACCGGAAGUGUAUGAACAAAGAACCUCUGCGCACUCUAGAGAUUGUCGGAAUACAGCCUUCUCCUCAAAGAGCAGAGAUUGUAAGUAGAUCUGGCAGUAAAAUUAAGCCAAAAAAGUUUGCAGGUGAUGAUGACGCUGCUGCAGCUGCUGCAUUGGAAGAAGGUGCCAUUCAAACCACCAUACUUGCUGCUGACGACGGAUCUUGUCAAGAACAAAGGCCUUCAAUGAAAAACGAGAAAAGUAUUGCAGAAAUAGAAAGUGGUGCAAAAGAGCUUAAGAAAAUGCUCCAUCAGGUCAAGCUAUUUGCAUCCCUUGAUGGUGCAAUAAAAGGAUGUGUAGGUUUAUUGAGUGCAUAUCCUGACAAAUGUUUGCAACAUUUAGAUGAAUUCGCUGGUCUGUCUAUCGAUCCCCUGAUGCUCCUCAAGCAACUGACUUAAGUAGAAACCAUCAAGAGGCUUCGUCAUUAUGUAGGAAAUGUAGACAAGUGGAAUUCCUCAGAGCAACAAAAGAUGGCGCCUGACGAACGGAUGAGUAAAGCUGUUUUCAGAGAGACAUUUGAGAGGGUCACAGACAUCACAAUGGAUGAUGAAGAGUACCACGUAUUGUUCAUGAAGGCCUUCAAGAACAUAAAACAAGAAAAAUUUAUAUGA